CACCAUCCUAGAUAACGUCAGUGAGCCUCCAGAAACAGCCAAUCAUUUAAUAAUCUCCUGGAAGUGUGAGACAAACCAUUGAAUCAGCUUCCUCCUAUGGUUUCAUGAUGAAGUGGACUCGAGACCUUGUAUUCUGCACUUUUUUUCUCCACGCAGUCAGUGUGAGUGCCAUUAACCCUGGAUUUAAAGGAAAAAUUACCAGCAGAGGAAUUAAUUAUGGUUGUCAGAUUGUAAAGUCUGUUUUGCAAAAUCGGUUGCUCAAUAUGGAAAUUCCAAACAUUUCGGGCAUCAAAUACACCAAUGUCUUACAUCAACUUCAAUACAACAUAAAUAGGAUUACUAUAAGUAACGUGAACUUACCAGAUAUGAGUAUCAUUCUGGUCCCUAACUUGGGACUGAAAGUUGCUAUGUCCAAUGGCUACAUUGAGACGAAUGGUAACUGGCAGAUCAAAGCAAAUAUUUUCAGGACCUCUGGUACUAUAAAGGCACAGAUCAAGAGCAUUGCCAUCUCAUUUUACCUUAAGUUUGGCAAAGAUAAUACAGGCAAGCCUAUUGUAUCAAUGAUGGACUGUGCAAGCUGCAUCUCAAAACUCCAAGUUUAUGCAUCAGGAAGAGCUAGCUGGCUAUACAACCUGAUCAUCAGAUGGUAUGAACCAUCCUUAAGAAGAUAUCUGAAUGAUGAGAUCUGCCUUGAAUUGCAGAAAAUCUUCACUGAAAAGAUAAGUCCAUUUCUCCAAACUGUGCCAGUGACAAAGAAAAUUGACAAAUAUGUUGGGAUUGACUACUCUUUAACCAGUCUUCCAGAAGUGGCAAAAGAUUCGCUAAUUUUGCCUCUCAAGGGAGAAUUCUAUAAUCUUUUGCAUCGUGCUGAUGUCCCUUUUUCUGCUCCACCAUUGGAUUUUUUAGUGGACUAUGACCGGAUGCUUUAUAUUGGAUUUUCUGAAUAUUUCUUUAACACUGCUGGUUAUGUAUUCAACUCAGUAGGCGAUUUAUCUAUUAACAUUACUGAUGACAUGCUCCCAGAGAAUUCACAUAUACACUUGGAUACAUUGACCAUUGGAACCUUGAUCCCACAGGUGAAAAAAAUGUAUCCAGUUAUGAAAAUGAAGCUUCACCUUGUAAGCGAUUCUGCACCGGUUGUGACAUUUUUGAACGGCAAAAUCAUCCUCACAACAUCUGGAGACAUCUUUGCUUUUGCUAUCUUACCAAAUUCAACACUAGUUGCACUCUUUAGUAUAAAACUGAAUGCACAGAUCACAACCACAAUAGGUAUAAAAGAUGACAAGAUUACUGGACAACUAACAUUGGAUAGGAUACAAUUGUCUCUAAAGAAGUCAAACAUUGGUCCAUUUCAAGUAAACUGUCUGCAAACUGCAAUUGAUUUCCUGGUCUCUAUUGUCAUUUUACCACGUGUUAAUGCUGCCCUGGAUAAUGGAUACCCACUUCCUUUAAUCGACCAUUUCACACUGUCGAACCUUAUUGUACAACCUCACAAGAAUUUCCUACUGGUUGCCACUGAUUUCACCUACACUUGAAUGUCAAAGAAUUGCACACCAAGGAUGCAGUGAUCAAAAACUGAAACGUCCAGGAAGAAAUUUAUUAUACAAAUCUUUCUCUCAUUGAUGUUUGCCUGAAGCAAUCUUUCCUUGCACUAUGUAAUGCUUUACAUGUAGACAUAUUACUGCUUUAUAAUAUUUUACUGUAAUUACCAAGGAAAAGUUUAACUAUAAAAUAUGUCCAUGCAAAAAAUAGUUCCAUUUUCUGAAAUUACAUAAAGGAUACAAAUAGUUGGGUCUAAUUAUUUAAUAUAUUUGGUUACUUCAAUUGAUUCAGUAAAUUGAAUGUAAUAUCUUGUUGUCCUGUGAGCAUGCUUCUUUUACUGCUAAACACUGCAGCUCCUGAAAAUAGAAUCAUAAAGUCAUAGAGAUGUACAGCAUGGAAACAGAC